UGUGUAUUACAUAUAUGUAUAUGCAGCUUAUCAACUCAUAGCCUCUUAAGCUUGUGAGAACUGUGAAGAAAGUUAAACAUGACCACGAGCACCCAAGCAGCAGCGGCCAAAAUUCCAGUGGUAGAUUUCUCCCUGGACGGCAUGAAGCCCGGGACAAGUUCUUGGCUCUCAAUACGCGACGACGUUUGCCAUGCACUUGAAGAGCUUGGCUGUUUCAUAGCAAUCCUGCCCAACAAACUUCCUUUGGAGGAGCUCCACAACUCCUUCGUUGGUGCAUUGAAAGAGUUGUUAGAUUUCCCCAUGGACGUCAAAGUGCGAGACAAAAAAGGGGCCUAUUUAUCUAUCCAUCCUCCCCAUGAAGGCUUGGGGGUGCUUAAUAACACCUCUGAAGAAAUUCAGAAGUUCACUCGUCAUUUUUGGCCUAAUGGAAACGAUCUUUUUUGUGAGGGUGCACUUGAGUAUGCAAAGGCGAUGGCAGAACUAGAUCAAGUUGUGACAAGAAUGGUAUUUGAAAACUACGGUGUAGAGAAGUAUCAUGAUGCUCACGUUCAAUCAACUUCUUACCAUCUCAGAUUCAAUAAAUACAAAAAUCCCAAGAAAACUGGAAUGGACGUGGGGUUAAAACCUCAUACGGACAAUAGCUUCUCCUCCAUACUCCAUCAAAAUCAGGUCUGUGGUGUGGAGAUAUGUACAAAGGAUGGUGACUGGAUAGUUUUUUAUCCUCCGCCGUCAUCCGUUAUAUACCUAGCCGGAGAUGUAUUUCAGAUUUGGAGCAACGACAGAAUACGACCUUGUAGACAUAGAGUUUCGUUGACGGAAGAUGAGGUAAGAUUCUCGAUUGGGCAAUUCACAUUUAUGAAAGAGGUGGUGAGCAUACCAAACGAACUCGUGGACGAGGAUCACCCUCGACUGUACAAGCCACUGGAUCAUUUAGAAUUUUUCAAAGAAGUAAAACUCAUUGACGGUAAGCCUGAUCGUUUAGUCCAGGAAUAUUGUCGCAUUUGAGUUCUUUGGUCCAAGGUCCAAGAUCCAAGCAGCUGGUUCCUCUUUUGCCUUUUAUUUUCUACUGUCAUGUAUUUUCUUUUCUUUUAUUGUUUCUUCCUUUUCAGUAAAUUAGAUUGCUAUCGUUAAAUAAAGAUGUUUUCUUGCAAGAGACCAUGUAACUCAAGUUGUUAAGAACAUCUUCCUGUACACCUGAGGUCUUGAACGACCCUUCCUACCCUCCCGCUUGUAUUAAGAAAAAAAAAAGUAGUUUUUUCAAUUAAGUAUUGUCGCAUUUGAAAUGA